AGAGAUGAAACCCAGCCUUGCUGUGCUUUAGUGCUUCCCUGGGAUCCAGCAGGAUUUUUUGGGGGAUACAGGUGCUGGCGGCACUGAGGACGGAUGAGCCGGCACUCUUCCCUUCGGAAACGCCACCAACUCCUGACAGCACGGAGGCCCAGCAUGAAUGUGAACUGUGCUGGGGGGACAGACUGGUCGAGGAACCUGGAGUCCAGUUGCCCUGUGGAAAACAGACCUGUGGCAUCCCAUGAGCCAGAAGAAAGUGCUGUGGUGGUAGGAGGUCACAGCCCUGCUGCAGUUCCCAGGCCUGAGGGUUUGGAUCCCGAAUGCCGACACCACACCUGCCCAGGAAGUCCCCAGAUCAGCUGCAUGCCCCCUGCUCCCGAAGACACUCACAGCUGCCAUUUCCCAGAUGGAAAUAAGAGACAGUCGGAAUAUUUCAGCCCCCAGGAGCGCCACGGAUGCUGCACUUUGUCUUCGAGCAGCAGUUCACAGACAGUGGCUCCCGAGAAAGUGACCCUCGUGGUGGAUGGCACUCGCUUUGCAGUGAACCCCCAGAUCUUCACUGCUCACCCUGACACCAUGCUGGGAAGAAUGUUUGGGCCAGGAAGAGAAUAUAAUUUCACCAGGCCAAAUGAGAAGGGAGAGUAUGAAAUCGCCGAGGGAAUCAGCUCAGCCGUGUUCCGCACGGUGCUGGAUUAUUACAAAACUGGAGUCAUUAACUGCCCUGAUGGGAUUUCCAUCCCAGACCUUCGGGACACGUGUGAUUACCUCUGCAUAAACUUUGAUUUCAACACAAUCAAAUGUCAAGACUUAAGCGCUCUGCUACACGAGCUCUCCAACGAUGGGGCUCACAAGCAGUUUGACAGCUACCUGGAGGAGCUGAUCCUGCCCAUCAUGGUGGACAGUGCCAGGAAAGGGGAGCGGGAGUGUCACAUCGUCGUGCUGACAGAUGAGGACACCGUGGACUGGGAUGAAGAUCAUCCACCUCCCAUGGGAGAGGAGUACUCACAGAUCCUUUACAGUUCUAAGCUGUACAGAUUCUUCAAGUACAUCGAGAACAGGGACGUGGCAAAGGCCGUGUUAAAGGAGCGGGGCCUGAAAAACAUUCGCAUUGGCAUCGAAGGCUAUCCCACCUGCAAAGAGAAGGUGAAGAGGAGGCCUGGUGGCCGCUCAGAAGUCAUCUACAACUACGUCCAGCGGCCGUUCAUCCAGAUGUCCUGGGAGAAGGAAGAGGGCAAGAGCCGCCACGUGGAUUUCCAGUGCGUUCGCAGCAAAUCCCUCACCAACCUGGUCACGGUGGGGGACGAUGUCUCAGAGGACCACGAGGUGAUGAUGCAUCACCCCCCACAGGUGGAUGAGCUGGACAGGCUGAACGCCCCCUUCUCCCAGAUGGUUCUGAACGAUUUCCCGGAUUAGGGGCCGGGAGGGUCCUGCUGGAUGUGGGGGACAUCUCCUCGUGCUCUCGUCCCUGAGCGGUGGAUCACGGACUCCUUGCAAGGUGCUUUAUCCUCGUUCAUGCUCUUAACUACGUUGUCAUAUUUACAAGCAUGUUAAUAAAAGAGCCACACUCCAUAGUCUUAA